UAUUCUAAAAACAACAACGACAAGCAGAGGCCUUUUCUCUGUUAUCUGACAGUCGGUCUUGUCUGCCUGCCUCUUGUUCAUCCACCUCAUCAUGAGUGAGACCUCUUCAUCGUGUGCCUCGGAUUCGGCGGAUAGCAACCCCCCCUGGGUAUUUUAUCGCGAUCGACCGGAUUGGGCCGAUGUGCAACCUUUGCCUCAAGAUGAUGGACCCGAUCCCGUGGUCCGCAUUGCUUACUCAGACAAAUUUCGAGAUGUAUACGAUUACUUCCGCGCUAUUUAUGCGUCCAAGGAGGUCAGUCAACGAGCCUUGUCCCUCACCAUGGACGCCGUGGAACUGAAUCCGGCCAAUUACACGGCCUGGCAUCACCGACGCUUCCUCCUAAAAGAGUUAAACGCCGAUCUCAACCAGGAAAUGGAUUACAUCCGCUUUGUCAUCAAUGGCAACCCGAAGAACUACCAAGUGUGGCAACAUCGUCGUGUUUUAGUGGAAUGGUUGAAAGAUCCCUCAAAAGAAAUGCGCUUCACUGAAAUCAUUCUCUCCAUUGACCCCAAAAACUAUCAUGUCUGGCAACAUCGACAAUGGGCAAUGGCUGCUUUCAAUCUUUUCGAGGGAGAAUUGGAAUUUGUGGAAAGAUUGUUAGAAGAAGAUAUUCGGAAUAACUCCGCCUGGAACCAAAGAUUCUUCGUGAUUACCCACACAGACUCCCAUAAUGGUCAAUUUUCCGGUGAUGUCCUCAACCGUGAACUCACUUUCACUAUGAAUGCUAUUAGAAAGGUUUUAGGCAACGAAAGUGCUUGGAACUAUUUGAGAGGAUUGAUUGACAACACAGCCGAAAGUGAACUAACUGAAGUGCGAAAGAAGUGUUCGCUCUUCUGCCACGAGUUAUUCGAACAUUGUGACAGGAAAUCAAACUCUUCAUCGAACCUUCUGGGUGCAAUGGUGGAUUUGUAUUGCGAUCAAUUGGAGGCUUCAGAGUCCGGAAGCCCAAAAGAAGACUUGGCCAAGGCUCAAGAGUUGUGCCGAAUUCUCGCGAAAGAAGUGGAUCCGAUUCGAAAACAAUAUUGGGAAUUCAUGAGUCGGGAUUUGCUGGUCCGAUUCGAGUCCCAAAGCCAAUGAAAAUGACGUUUGUCUCACGGUUGAAUAAACAAAUUUAAUCAUAACA